ACAUCUGUGUUAGCGAGGCUAGUUUGAUUUGGAAAUAUGAAGUUAAUGUGAAGGAAAUAAACAGAUAUGUGAAAACGAAAAUGAUUGUCGGCGAAGAAAGCCCUGAACACAUUGCUGAUAUCAUUUACUCCGCUUUGGAUCAUAAUGGAAACGGCUGUGUUCCAGUCUCAAAGGUCUUGGAAUAUAUCCAGAAUGAAAUACCGAACUCGGAUAUUUCUAAUAGUCUUCCUCUGUGUGACCUAGAACAUAUGCUAACAGCACAGAAACGGAAGUAUAUUGAUAGAUUAGAACUUACUUCAGUGAUGAAACUGUGGACAGAGAAGAUUGAACAGGAUGCAAAAUCAGAGUUACAAAACCUUGAAACAUUGGAUGAAAGCAGCCCAAGUUCCCUUCUCAUAGAAGAGCUUCCGCUUUGUGAAUCUGGGCCACUUAAUAUGUCAACUCAUAGUUCUGACAGUCCUGAAAGGAUCACCAAAAGGGAGUAUAAUGAUAUGGUAGAUAAACUAGCAUCUUUGUCCCAAAUAAAACGUGGUCUUGAAGAAGAGAAUUUUUCACUGCAAGCACUCCUUAAAGAACAUGAAGAAAACUAUAAUGCUGUAUUGGCAGAGAAUGAGCACCUUAAGAAGACUGUUACUGUCCAUGAAAAGAAGUUGGAGGGUUUCCAGACUUUACAGCAAGAGUAUGUGGAAACUAACUGUGCGUUCCAAGUGGCAGAAUCACAUAACAGGGACCUGAAGUUAAAGCUACAACAGUCUGAGAAGAUUUGUGCAAACCUUCAGCAAAAACUGGAUGAGACUGUGGAACAGGGGAAACUAGAAGCAUUUAAAUGUGAAACUGCAGCAAGUCUUGAGAAAGUAGGUAGCUCCCUUAGCGAAUGCCGUAAAGAACUUUCUGCUCAAAAGGAAGCAUAUGAGAGGCUCAGGCUUAAAAAUGAAGCAGAUAAACAAGUGCUUUGUGAAAGAAUAGUGGCACUUGAAGAUAUGAUAACUGGUUUAGAAAGCAAGAACAAAAUUUUGAACGAAAUUAAGUCUGAAUUGGAAUUAAAAGUUGCCUCAAUAUUAGAAGAGUCUGCAAAUGUGAGCAAUUCAUGGCGUUCAUUUUUGAGUGACAGUUCCAGUGGCUCAUCCAUCUGUUUACAAUCUCAAGGAGGACUCUGUCAUCAGUUUUGUUGCACUGAGUCAGUUGAAAACUACAGAAAGACAUUGUAUGCUGAACUACAAGCAUCAGGUGACCUCUGUCUGACGCACAAACAAUUGGAGGAGCAGCUGAGGGAAUGGCAAGAGAAGGCUAUAAAGUAUAAACAAGAGUUGGAUGAAUACAAAGAAAAUGAAAAGGUUGCGAAAGAAAUUGUUAAGUCGGCAGUUGAGCAUUUAGAACUGUCUGAACAUUGUGGUGAUAUGUAUGAAAAUAAGUCGCAGUUUGACGUUAUUGCUGAGGUUGAAAACAUUACUGAUGUGAAGGCUAAGCAGUCGUUGUCAUACUUGAUAUCCUUUGUUACAGCAAUUUCCGAAAAGGAACAUUCGUUUCGUAAAAUUUCUAAGCAGUGCCUUGUUCAUCCAAGGGAAGCUUUCACCCAGAGUGAUCCUAUAGUCACCAGGUUGUCAAUUAUGGACCAAACUGCACGAAUCGCUGGCACUGAAAGAAGCACACAAGUAGAUGCUGACUCUGUUCCCACAAAGGUGUCAACUAUAGAUCGGAUUUUACAAAUCUCUGCCAGUGCAAAAUACACACAGACUGAUCCUGUGGUCACAGAAUUGUCAAUGGGGGAUCAAACUGCGCAGAUCUAUUGCAGUGAAAAUUGCACACACACAAAGGCCAACCUUAAGAUGACAAAAGUGAUGACAAUGGAUCAAACUACACAAACCUCCACUUGUGAAAUCAUCGCACAGGUGCACUCGGGGGCAACAUGUCCAUACUAUACAGAGGACGGAUAUGCAAGGGGGGACAUUUCCAUUGAAUCACACACAGAAACUCAUUUACAGAUGGCAGGCAAUGUAUCACCAAAGACUGAACCACUUACACAAACAUUGCAGACAGAUGAAGAAACUAGAUGUGGUGCUCAAGAACUACAACCAUCCACAGAACAGACUUGCCUGCAGUACAGUGGAAAUGAAAUGCUCAUAGGCAAAACUCCAGAAAGUUGUGGUGCUCAAGAAUCAAAGUCGUCCUUAGAACAGACAUUGCUGUUCCAAACAUGCCUGCAACCUGCUGGAGAUGAAACUCCUGAAAGCACAUUUCAUUCUGAAUCACUUCAACACACAAAGAAGUUUUUGAGAAAAGCUGUGUCAUGUAAGAACCUGAGAAGAAUUUGUACAUUGGCAGUCUCUCUUCUUCUCAUAUUUUUGAUUGGUUCUUCAUUUUUGAAUCUGUUUGUAAACUGUUGUCUAUACAGUCAUACAUUUUAUGGAACUCUGUGUUCUGUGAUGGAAGAUGUAUUUAAGCCUUAUGUAACACUGAGGCAUCUUUCUCCGCCUCCUACAUGAUGAUAAAUUUAAGAUAUAUAAUACAAUUGCCAUAGAUCUGAGGUAGAAAGUCACCACAUAUAAUUACUCAUCAAUGGUUGGAACAGUGAUUUAUCUUAAAUAACCAGUGUGUGUUAGAGGGUGCAGUGACAGUGAAACAGAAGAUUCAGAGCCACUAAAGUGGUUUUUCAGUUAAAAUAACUCUCCAUUUGCAAUUGUGUUACUUUUUAUUGUACUUGCAAUGCAUUAAUUUGAAAGGGGGUGCUGUACAUACAGAGUAUGUGUUUCUCAACGAUUUAAUUAAUUAAAUUAAUUAAUGAUUCAUAUAAUGUAAACUGAAAUGUAGUUUUUGUAAGUACAAGAAGGAAUCUGCUUGUGCAAAAAUAUGUGAAGAGAGCUAUGUUCUAAUAGUUUAAAAAACUGAAAUAGUUGAUCAAGUCCUGAUGUGAAAGGACUGGCGUGUUUUGUAAAUAUUAAUUUCUGUUUCUGCAGCAGUUGAAUUUAUGAACAGAAUAUCUAGUAAAUAUGGUAUCUGGGCCGCUAGAUGCAUUUCUAUACCUAUAGAUUCCCUAGACUUAUUGCUGUAUCUGGAUCCAGAUUUGGAUCUUGUCUAAUUGUAGCUAAUACAACAAACAUUGGAAUACUGAUAAAAUUAUGUAAGAAGGAACUCAAAAACUUUUGUUUUUGAAAUAUAAAGCAAUAUUAGAGCAGGAUUGGCAACUAACAUGGAAAUUAAACUUUAUUUGAUAAAUCAGUAUAAAUGCAAAUCUAUGGCAGUUUUCUAAAGUGCAAUACUAUUAAUUUUUUUGCCUGUGGAAUGCUGUUGUGUCCUUCCCCUUUUUGUAUUCUGAUUGAAUAGUUUAUUUAACAAUAAAUUUUGUGAUACUGCAUGACAAAAACAGAAAGUUGAUUAAUUCAAUUUUUAAAUCAGCUUUUUUUGGUUAGUGCUCAACUUUGUAACUAUUUCUUUUAUGAGUAUGUUAAAAUAAAUAUUCUCCCAACCUUUAUUGUAGUUUACAGUGCAGCAAUAGAAAAGAACGGCAAUAACAAUGUACUUUGUAAUGAAAUGUAGUGUGCCUUCUGUCCUGGACCAUUUCAAUGGAGUAGAUACAUUUGAAGCUGUUUUGUAUUAUAUACAUUUAUAAUAUAAUAACUUAUAGUUCCGCUAAAUAUAAAAAACUCUUAGAUUUUCCAUUGCAUUAUAAAUGUAAUUUAACCCUUUAACUUCUCUGGAAUAUGUUUACGCACACCACCAGGCCUUCUACCGGGUACUCUGAAUGUGUCUACGCAUAGACACGUUUAGGGUACCAGGUAGGACUGGUGGUGCACGUUCAAAGGUGCAUGCGUUAACACGUCCAGAGCAGUUAAAGGGUUAAUAACAGCAAAUUUGUAUGUUUGUACAGUAACAUUUUUGCAGCAGAAUUCUAAGUUAUUUUAGGUUAUGCACCUAAUCUGAUUCAAGCCAUGAAGAUAGUGUUCGAAUUGUACAUGAGAAAUGACUCGUCUUUUCUCUUUUGUUGCUCUAAUAUGAUAUCUUAAUUUAUUUUCAAUGAAUCAAUGCAUUAUUUGUGUUCUGAAGAUAGAACUCUGCUUGUUAAGACUUUUUCCUGUUAUGUACAAAGAAUACAAUUAUUGUUUACCUUUGCAGACAACACACAUUUAAUGUCAUCUCCUCCUUCCUUCAUAUCUCCUAAACUAUGUAUUGUACAAUGAUAUAAUUUCACAGGUGCAUUCCAUGGUAGAUGUGAACAGCAUCUGUAAAAUCUGUCACACAUACAGUUAGCAGUAAACAAGUAA